CUAUAUAAGAGCCCUUCUUAUCCUUAAUGUUCGCUGGUAUCAUUUCUCUGGCCGAUCUUCCUGUCAAGAAUUAAAAGCAAUCUGCCACUGCCUCUACAAAUCAAGAUGGAAAUCGUUGAAGACGUUGUGAUUGUGGGAGCUGGAAUUGCUGGUCUCACCACAUCCUUGGGACUUCACAGGCUAGGAAUUCCUAGUUUAGUAUUGGAAUCAUCAGACAGACUAAGGACCACAGGAUUUGCAUUCACAACAUGGAAAAACGCCUGGAAAGCCUUGGAUGCUAUUGGCAUUGGUGAAUCUCUCCGUCAACACCAUAACCUGAUGCAAAGCUUGAUUGUUGAAUCUACAUUUUUAGUUCGGUCCACAUCGGAGAUGUCAUUCAUGGGUUCUGAAGUUCGUUGUCUUCAAAGGAGAUUAUUGUUGGAAACUUUAGCAAAUGAACUCCCCAGCAGUACCAUCAGGUUCUCCUCCAAAGUAGUUUCUAUUGAGGAAUCAGGCUUCUUUAAACAAGUGCAUCUUGCUGAUGGAACCAUCCUCAAAACUAAGGUUUUGAUUGGGUCUGAUGGAGUCAACUCAGUGGUGGCAAAAUGGCUUGGUUUCGAGAAGCCUGUUUUCGCAGGGAGAUCAGCAAUUAGGGGUUUUGCCACUAUUGAAGGUGGCCAUGGCUUUGGACUAAAAUUCAAGCUGUUCGUAGGCAAAGGUGUUCGUUCAGGUUUACUCCCUUGUGAUGAUGAGAUUGUUUAUUGGUUUAUGACUUGGACUCCCGCCAGCAAAGAAGAAGAACUAGAAGAGGACCCAGUUAAGCUGAAGCAAUUUGCGUUGAGCAAGCUUAAAGAUACACCAGAUGAAAUGAAAUCUGUUGUAGAAAAAACUUUGCUAGAUGACAUUGUAUCAUCUCCCUUAAGAUACAGAAGGCCUUGGGAGCUGCUUUGGGGAAAUAUUAGCAAGGGUAAUGUCUGUUUAGCUGGUGAUGCUCUUCAUCCCAUGACCCCAGACCUUGGCCAAGGUGGGUGUUCCGCCAUGGAAGAUGGCGUUGUCCUGGCCAGGUGUCUUGCUGAAGCCUUACUGAAAGUACCAGGAGGGGAAAUCAAGGAAAAUAUUGAUGAAGAAGAGGAAUAUAAGAGGAUUGAAAUGGGGUUGAAAAAAUUUGCCCAGGAGAGAAGAUGGAGAAGCAUUGAUCUCAUUACCACAGCUUACGUGGUGGGUUCUAUACAGCAACAUAAUGGGAAGAUAAUUAACUUCUUCAGAGACAAAUUCCUAUCCAGGUUCAUAUCUGGGAUAGUGUUAAGGAAGGCUAAUUAUGACUGGGAAUCUUAAUUAGCACUUGUUGAAUGAAGCUUGAACCCUUUGUUCUUACAUAGUUUGGUGUAUAAUUUCCAAAGUUUCAAUAAAGAAAGUUCUUGAUUAGA